GUGCUUAAAAGCGACCAAAUAACGACUGACACGAAGGUGAAACAUAAGCAUUAGAAGAAAUUUUUAAAGUUAUAAUUAUUAUUAUAUGAAAUGCAUUUAAAAAGACGAGAGGAAAAUAUCAAUAGAACAGUAAAUAACAUGCUCGGAAGUAUGGGUACACCUUGAGUUAAGUUGGUGUCACGCUAGGCUGCAAAGCCAGGUUUGAAUCUUAGUUCAAUUUGUUCUUUACUAUUGUGUGUUUGAAAUUUUUUGUACGUCUAUUUGUGUGUUUGAAUGUGUUUUUAUGUAUGUAUGUUCGUCAUUGCAAACAAAAUUACCCCUUCGGGGAUUAACAAAAUGUAAUUCAUUUACUAUAUAUCUAUUUUAAAGAUUUCAAGUGUAAGGUGACAGGGUACACUUGGUAUUGUUACAUAAGUGCAUUGGAUCGAUAAUCAGAACUUGCAUGACCAGUGCCCUGGCCACAAACCCUAAGUAGAAGCACUCUACCCAUGUUACUCCAAACCUGUUAUUGAUUGGCUCCACACAAAGCCCUGACGUACUUUGGUAAAACAUGGAACAUCAAGUAUCCUCUUCUGAGCUCUCCCCUGAGGCCUCUGCUGGCGAUCCCAUCAAGGUAGUCUUGGACAAUGGCUCCGAUACCACGAAGGCGGGUCUGGCGGGGGACAGCACCCCCAAGGUCAUAUGCCGCACAGUCGUCGGGAGGCCCAGGCGCAAGGGGCUUAAAGUCUUUAAGAACCAAGGCAACUUUGUUGGCAAGGAGGCCCUGUCUAAGAGAGGAAUCCUCGCCCUUAGCUCUCCCAUUGAUCAAGGUCAUAUUGUUAACUGGGACGACAUGGAGACGAUUUGGCAUCACAUCUUCGACAAAGAGCUCAGUAUUUCCCCGGACGAACACCCUCUUCUUCUCACAGAAUCUCCGCUCAACCCCAAAGCCGACGGAGAGAAGAUGGCGCAGAUCAUGUUUGAAACCUUUAACAUUCCCGCCUUAUACGUGGCCAACUCAGCUGUCCUGUCCCUGUUCGCCGAUGGUCGUACCACCGGAACCGUGUUGAAGUCUGGUCGCAGUGUGACGCACGCAGUUCCCAUUGUGGAUGGCAGCGUCAUCACUGACGCCAUUACGAGGACUGAGGUGGCAGGUCGUGACGUCACCGACUACCUCAUGAGCUUGCUCAACAACCGCGGCUACAGUUUCACCACCGAGGCGGAUAGGCUGGUCGCUGAUGACAUAAAAGAGAAGUUAUGCUACGUGGCUUUGGACUUGAAUCAAGAGCUUCAUUCUGCAGCCGAAUUUUCCACGCUACAUAAAAGCUACACGUUGAGUGACGGAAGCGUUAUGAACCUCUCAGAUGAGCGCUGUAGGUGCAUUGAACUUAUGUUCGACCCGUCACUCCUUGGCUAUGUCACUGAGGGCCUUAGUCAAAUGGUUCACAACGCCAUCUCGCGGUGUAAGGAGGAGACGUGGAAAAGCUUGUACAACAAUAUAGUUUUAGCAGGCGGCGCCACCCUCUACAAGGGCCUUCAUGAUCGACUGAGGGCAGAGAUCGUCACGCUAGCUCCUGCCGAGAUGAAGGUGAAGGUCAUAGCGCCAGAGGACCGGAAAUACUCAGCGUGGCUCGGUGGCUCUAUCCUGGCUAAUCUACCGAGCUUCAAGGACAAGUGGGUCAGCAAGCAGGAGUACGACGAGGUCGGUCCAUCCAUUGUCAACAGGAAGUGACAAUAGUGCUGUCGGUAGUUCCACUGGCAGCUAGGGUUUUUUUUCGGUGGAGGGUUGGAGGGGGUUGAGAUAUCAGUGUUUUAAAGGUUAUGUUGCUAUGUUAUAAAAGAAAAAAGGUAUUGAUUUGUUGGGGGUAUAUUAGUUUUU